AAAGCCUCCCUGCCCAACUCUCACCCUCCAACAGCCGUCGGCCGAGCGGUCCGCCUCCCUACUAACUGCACUCUCAUUUUUCCUCUCCUCAAACCUCUACGUAAACCCGUAUUUUAAUACUUUGAAACACGUACACACAAACUUAUAUAAACUCUUUCCUUCUUUCUUUCUUCUGUUUUCCUCUUCAUGCAUUCCAGAAAAUGGGAAACCUUUGCGCCUGCUUUGCACGUAAAACGGUGAAGAAACGACCCGUCACGAAACGGUUACAGAACCAGCAAACUGGACACAACUCGAGCAACCGCUGGGUCCGGGUCCGAUCGUCAAGGAAAGACAAACUUGACGAUGCUCUGCUUCAAGAGCAGGCUUUAGCAGCUGCGAUCCUGUACAGGCAACACCAACAGCAAAACGGCGGCGUUUCGUUGCCGUUUGAUAGGUCGGCUUCGUUAAGGUACCCGAAUUCUUGUUCUGGGUCUAAAAAGGCGGGCCAGUUGCCUCGGAGCUCCAGUUCUAGAGCUAGGUCCCUUACUGACCCGCUUUUGCAACCUCAUCAGCUUGUUAAUCAGGACAUAAAGCUCGAAGACUUGGAAACAAAUCAUUUUGUUCUUGUACAUGGAGGAGGCUUUGGUGCUUGGUGUUGGUAUAAAACAAUUGCACUCCUAGAGGAAGGUGGUUUCAAGGCUACUGCAGUUGAUCUGACGGGUUCUGGCAUUCAUUCCUUCGAUACAAAUGGCAUUACCAGUCUCUCACAAUAUGUGAAGCCACUGACUGAUUUUCUUGAAAAACUUGCUGAAGGGGAAAAGGUGAUCUUGGUGGGGCAUGAUUUUGGUGGUGCAUGUGUAUCCUAUGCAAUGGAGUUGUUUCCUUUUAAAAUUGCAAAGGCUAUUUUUGUGACCGCGGCAAUGUUGACAAAUGGACAAAGUACUCUUGAUAUGUUCUCUCAGCAGGCAGGUUCUAAUGAUCUAAUGCGACAAGCUCAGAUAUUUUUGUAUGCUAAUGGGAAUGACCACGCUCCAACUGCUAUUGAUCUGGAUAAGUCUUUGUUGAGAGAUUUGUUAUUCAAUCAAAGUCCUUCCAAGGAUGUAGCUUUAGCAUCUGUUUCAAUGAGGCCAAUCCCUUUUGCACCAGUUUUGGAGAAGCUUUCCCUUUCUGACUUGAAAUAUGGAUCUGUGAGGCGUUUUUAUGUAGAAACUCCAGAAGAUAAUGCCAUACCUGUGGUGCUUCAGGAGAGCAUGAUUAACUCAAGCCCACCAGAAAAAGUAUUCCGUCUAAAAGGCGCUGACCAUUCACCAUUUUUCUCAAAGCCUCAAGCCUUGCACAAAUUAUUGGUAGAGAUCUCAAAAGCCCCUCCACCUUGAGAGAAUCUAGUUGCUAGAUUCAUUACGGAAGUCCUACUUGGGGCAUCAUUUGAUGUGGUAUAGGGAAAUUAUGGCAAAAAUUUGAGUGAGGGUGUACAUGCGCAUAACAUACCAUCAAAAGUGGUCUCAAGUGCUCAACCCCUAGAUAGCUUAGGCAUUUUGUAUCAGAGCAUGAAAUAUGUUCAUAUCUUUUUCCUCGGUCCUCUUUGUUUAUGGUUUUCCCUUCCAAGAGAUGUUAAUAUUUAUGCUAGUAAAAAAUUUACACUUCAGGAGUUGCACAUAAAGGAAUACAAGCCAGUUUUUCCCAAGGCUUGGUGCAUAAAAGGAUGCUUGUUCUGUUUUUGUGGUUUUUGGAUCUGUUCCUCCUGUAACAUAAUGCAUCUGAGCUUAAUUAUGUUGAUGAAUAGCUGAAAUAAAGGGUUAAUCGUUUGUUUUGGCUUA